CUGUUUCCCUGCAUCCCUGUCUCCUCUCCAUUCUGCUCUGCAGUUGCCCUGUGCGCGUGUGAGGGAGUGCACAUGUUUAUGUGUGUUUGCGUGGAUGUGUGUGUGUCAGAAAAGGGGCGAGAGUGUGCAGAAACGGUGGCAUCUGAAGAGACCGUGCCUUUGUGUCUUUCCAUCUUUUCGGCAGCAGCAACACCAGCCUGACCACCUGGACCAGUCGCCUGCCUGAAGCAUCGCUGACGGGGGAGGGGGGUGAUAUCUCUGUUUGUGUGUGUGUACAUGCGUGUGGGCGGGUGAAAGGGUGAGGGGCGGAGAGAUGAAAGGGCCAGGUGAGGAGAAGAGUCGGGUACCUCUUUCUCUUGCGCUCGCUUUCUCUCUCUCCUCUCCCCGCUUUUCAUCCCCCUCUCACCGCCGUGCGACACUAACCCUGGAAAUUGAAGAGGAGAUCUUCCCUGUUGGACCCUUCUACUACAACAAGCUCCUGUAGACUCAGUUACAUUAUGGAUCUCAUGGACUUCGGCAAGAUGAAGUGUCAGGGAUUUUAGCAGUGAAUAUUUCAGGAUGAAACUGGAUGUUGUGACUCUAAUAUGCCCCAACUCCAGAAUAGACCCCCUCCCCUCCGUUCUACCAUCACGCCGUAAAGCCAUCAAAACUCCAUCAUCGAGCGGCACUACUGGAUCCCAAUCUUCAGCCGGGGAGGAUGGGUGAUAGUCCCCCGAGCAUCACCUCCACCCACAAAUCUCAUUCCAUCCUCUCAUGGAGCUUACAACUGCCCACAACAUACUGUGGAACAUCACCCUCGCCCCCUCUUGGCGACCAAACGCGACCCAACCCAGCACCUCAGGACUGAGCGAGCCCAAAGAUGGACAUCUGCUCUGGACACUUUCCUUGUGCACGAUGCUCUUGAUGGACAUACUCGCCGUGGUGGGCAACUUAGCCAUCAUGGCGGUCAUUGCGAAGACACCACGACUACGUAAAUUUGUGUUCGUCUUCCAUCUCUGCCUAGUAGAUCUCAUUGCGGCCCUGGUAUUGAUGCCUUUGGGUAUCUUGUCAGGGCAGGGCUUUUUAAAUGAGGCUUUGUGUCAGGGUUACCUUUGUCUAAGCGUGGGUCUGAUCAGCGCCGCUAUCCUCACGAUCUCUGCCAUCAAUGUGGAAAGAUACUACUAUGUUGUUCAUCCCAUGCGUUAUGAGGUGAAAAUGACCGUGGGGUUGGUGGUGUCGGUUUUGAUUGGAAUAUGGAUCAAAGCCACUAUCAUGUCUUCAUUCCCUUUACUCGGCUGGGCACUUGAAGGAGAAGAAACUGGACCGGUUCCGGGGAAAGUAAUGGGAAAGAUAUCAGUACCAAAGUGCUGCUCGCUCCACAGGAUGGACGGAGGGCCCCAACGCUUGGUGUUUACGGUCUUAUUUACUCUUAUGUACUUCCUGUGUCCGGUUCUUAUCAUCUUUGUGGUGUACUGUAACAUGUUUAAGGUUGCCAGGGUGGCUGCCAUGCAGCAAGGCCCAAUGCCGACGUGGAUGGAGACCCCACGGCCCCGCUCCGAAUCUUUGAGCAGCCGAUCAAGCACGGCGGGCAGCCUAAGUGGAGCUCGCACCACCCCUCAGAGGACUUUCAGUGGCGGCAAGGCUGCAGUCGUGUUAGUAGUCGUCGGAGGUCAGUUCCUCGGGUGUUGGCUACCUUAUUUCUCCUUCCACCUCUACUGCUCCGUCGUGCCGUCCUCUAUCGAAUCUCUCGCACGCAUGGCUCAGCUGGAGGAUGUGUUCACCUGGAUCGGCUACUUCUGCUUUACCUCCAACCCUUUUUUCUACGGUUAUCUGAACCGGCAAAUCCGAGAGGAGCUGGCUAGAAACUUGGCCUUCGUUUUCAAGUGGAGGCGUCCAGGUGAGGACGAACAGCUGCCCAGCAGAGAGGCUUCUAUUGAGGAGAACUUUCUCCAGUUUCUUCAGGGAACAGGCUGCAGUAUGCAGCAAAGGAAUUCCCAAAGCAUAUCCAUCCCUCAGCAAGAGGAGGACAAUCCUCUCUCUACUGAGCUCCACAGGACAUCUGUUGACUUCCACAUUCCUGGUCAGAUCAUGGAGGAGACCUCUGAAUUCAUCGAACACCAACACAUGAAUGAUCUUAAUAUACCAGACAAUUGUAUCAAGACUAAAGCAGACCUGCAAGGUUGAUAUUUUCAAAUGUGAAAUAUAUAUUUAAUUGAUCAUAUGUUGUUGCAAUGUUUUGCCAUCGGAUCCUUUUGUACUCUUCCCAGGAAUUUUGUACAUAGCUUGUUUUCUCUUGAGGAAAUAAUUGACAUGCCAGUUGUUGGACUGGGGGUGAAUUAUCUUAUUCCAGCACAUUACCAUUUUGACAGAAACUAUUUAAUAUAGAUUCAACAACAUUUGUCCAAACGAUGUAACACAAAAUCAACAUUGUGAUGUGGAAUUUGUAUUGAAAACGCAGUAUGAACUCGCAAGUGAUUGAUGUAACUAAUUUUUAAGGCUCUUUAUGUGAAUUCAGACAAUAAAUUGGUAUAUGAUUA